UCUGAGGUGAAUAAAAAUCAAAACAAAAACAAAUCUCUUUAAAUGUUAAAAAUUCUUUACCUGGAUAAAAACUUAACAAAAUCAAAUGGACAUCUAUUGUCGCCUCUGCCUAAUUGGACUUCCUCCAGAUCAUCAACAAAUCACUCCCGACAUGAAAUUAAUCAUGAAUUUAUGUUACCGGUUCUUCGGUAUCAGGCUGAAACCAUCGAUUUUUCCAACCUUCGUAUGCGAAACUUGCGAAACCACAAUUCUAAAUUUCCACGAAUUUCACUGCGAGGUGAUGCGAAGUCAGGAAUUUUUGAUUUACGAGAACGAGGAAAGUUAUUUGAGGGAAGAAGCGGCUCUGAAAGAGGUCGAAAGUGGCGUUGCUGCGAUCGAAAUUGAAAAAUUCUUCGUGGAUGAUUGCUUUUCCGAGUCAAAUUACCACAACGAGUGUUUUGAAGCGGGAUUUCUUGAAAAAUCUUCUCAAGAAACGUCUAUAUUGAAAUUUAUCUGUGAUAUUUGCGAUGCCAAACUCUUGAACAAAGAGACUUUGAAGAAACACAUGGCGCGUCAUCUGCUGCAAGAAACAUUUAUUUGUGAAAUGUGUCCCGAAAAGCGAGUUUAUCAGACAAAAGUCACGCUAAAACGACAUCAGCUCAUCAAACACGCCGAUUUGCCGGAAGUUUUUGAACGAACGUGUAAUUUGUGCGGGAAAAACUUUAAAAAUGAGAAUAUUUUGAAGAAUCAUUUGCGAUACAGUCAUUCGAAAAAGGGUCCUUUGCGAUGUGAAAUUUGCGGAAAAGACUUUAAAAAUGUCUUGACGAUGGGAAAUCACGUAAGACGCUUUCACGAGAAGAAAUCUCGGUUUUUGUGCAGCUUUUGUGGCAAAGAAUUCAGUAGGAAAGAGUCUUUGGCGGAACAUAAUUUAACGCAUAAAGGAGAAAAACCGCUUCAGUGCUUGUGGUGCCCGAAGGAAUUUCGACAUAGAAGUCAUUUUAGUGCUCAUCGACUGAAAGCACAUCCCAAAGAAUAUGAAAAGUGGAAAUUGGAGAGAAAUUAAGAAAGUUGAUUUUGAUAAAAUGUUUCACAU